CUAGUUUUAGUGAAUUUUGAAAUGAACUUUGCAAACGUUUAUCAGUAGUUGUGCGAGUAAUGUGAGGAAAUGGAGAAAUGCGAGUGUGCGUUGUGUAAGUGACGUGACCUUGAAAUAUUUGCUAUGGAGGGCUUUGUUUCAGUAGAACAUAGACAAUAACUCGCGUCGUUCUGAUAACACACUCGUGCACUAUAUAAACGUGGUCUACAAGUAGGAACAUCAUUCAGUCUUCAGCUCCUCGUUGAACACAAACGAACAUCAAACAUGUCUAGGCUCGCUGUUCUGUUGGUCUGCAUCCAAGCUUGCUUGGUCCAGGUAGUGUUCGGUCAGUACCUCGGCAGUGUUGGCUGCGGGUGUGGAGCCCCAGCUUUAGCUCCUGCUCCUGCUCUGCUCGCUCCUGCUGCUCCAUGUGGUGGUGCCCUCGGUCUUGGUGCCAUCGGAUCUGCUCAUGGUGGCGCACUUGCGCCGGCUACUGCAUACGAAGUUGGUGCUUGUGGUGCCGCACUUGCUCCUGCUGCUGCUCCUCCUGCUGUUGCCCCUGCCUCUGCAUACCGAGGUGCUGCUUAUGGUUGCGCUCUUGCUCCUGCUACUGCAUACGGAAGUGCUGCCAUUGGUUGCGCUCUUGCUCCUGCUGCUGCAAACGGCGGAGCCAGUGAAGGCAACGUGGCGGUCCUUGGUGAGCUGCCAGUCUCCGGUACUACUGCUAUCGGUGGUCAGGUCCCCAUCAUGGGCGCUGUGAGCUUCGGCGGCGCCGUGCCGGCUGCUGGAGCCGUGUCUAUCUCCGGAAAGUGCUCGUGCGGCUGUGAACCUGUCGUCUACUGCUGAGAUCCCACUAAAUUUACAUAAAUAAACAAUGUUAUAGCAAAGCCCA